AAUGGUUGGUUGUGCAUCGUGUUCGUCUUUUGACCCGGUUAGUGGCGACGAGCGGAAGGAUAUAUUAUACGUCAAAUUUCCAACGGUUCUCCUUCGUCAGGAGUGUCGCCACGUCCCUACAAUUCGCAUUGCCCUCCAGGGAUGCCCGAGGAGUGCCCCUAGACCCUGAAACGAGGAGCGUGAGAGGGAAAUCGCCCAGCUUAGGGUCGGGGAACUACUUUGUUUAUGAUUUAACUUUUGGGAGGAGGAGGAGUAGAGUGAGUGAGAGAGAGAGAGUGAGAAGGAGAGAGAGAGAGAGAGAGAGAGAGAGAGAGAGGCCCCUCCAACCGCUCUGACACCAACGGGAUGAUGAUGAUGAUGAGGAAGAAGUCGAAAGGAGACUAAAUAUCGCCGAGACAUCCAAUUCCACCGCCGGAUUUCGGACAUUUUUCCCUAACUCUCCCCUAUAAAUCAUCUGCUACAUGUUAAGGGUGAGGCAGAAUGGGCAAAUUAUUGAGCAAGAUCUUUGGCAAUAAGGAGAUACGAAUUUUGAUGUUGGGGCUUGAUGCGGCAGGAAAGACAACAAUUCUAUACAAGUUAAAACUGGGUCAUUCCGUAACCACGAUACCGACAGUUGGAUUUAAUGUAGAGACUGUUGCAUACAAGAAUGUCAAAUUUAAUGUUUGGGAUGUUGGAGGACAAGACAAAAUUCGCCCUCUAUGGAGGCAUUAUUACACCGGAACCCAAGGUCUCAUUUUUGUAGUGGAUUGUGCUGAUCGAGAUCGUGUUGACGAAGCAAGGCAAGAAUUGCAUCGCAUUAUCAAUGACCGGGAAAUGAGAGAUGCUAUUAUUCUUGUAUUUGCUAAUAAACAGGAUUUACCUGAUGCUAUGAAACCUCACGAAAUACAAGAAAAAUUAGGAUUAACAAGAAUUCGUGACCGAAACUGGUAUGUUCAACCGUGUUGUGCAACAACAGGUGAUGGACUAUACGAGGGUUUAACGUGGCUGACCAGCAACCACAAAUCAUGAUGAUUUAGUGGAAUGCUUGGCUCUUAGCUUCAUUAGUCAACUCGGCAGAGAGAGAUGGCGCCUCGUAAUGUGGUUGAGAAGUUUGCUGGAAUUGGGACGUAUUUUAAAGUGUUGACUUUGUGUGUACGUAAAUAUCUCGCACAUCGUGGAAAGUGUAACAGGCUGUUCUUGAAAGUUUAUUGAAAUGUUUUGAUUAAGCAUGGUGUUGUGAGACUUGAAAAUGUGAUAUGUAAAUGAACUCCUUGUCUAAUAGUUGCAGUGGUCACUGAAAACCGGGAAACAAAUCAUGCCCGAGUGGAUCUCCUCGCCAGUUAAUGAAGAACUAAUGACCUGAUAACAGUAUAGCUGUAGGGUGCCAUCUCCGCCUGCCAAGCAUCAUUUAUAAAUCUUGUAAAAUAUUGGUGAACAUAUAUUUUUGAUUAGUUGGAUAUUGUUUACAAAAACUUACCAAAUGGAUAUAUUUAGAUGAUCUCCUUUUGUUUUUAUCCAGCUGGGAUAAAUUUCUUUAUUUUUUAUUUUGAAAAUCUGUUGUUGAUGUAGAUAUGUUCAAAGGUUAAUCUUUCUGAAUAAUGUUUAAGACAAUUUUUUUUUUUACAAUGGUGCAUCCAUAAACCUUUUUAUUAUUACAGAGUAGGUUUGGAUUUCAUGUAGGCAAGCUUUAGAUUCCAUUAUUGGUCAUAUUUUCACUCGUUCUUCCCGGGCACAAAGACACAAAACUUGAGCACUGCACUUAUAGUUUUUAAUGUUGUACAUAGAAUUCAUAUGGUGCUCUCCAGAUCUUGCAGGAGAGCAGCUCAAGGUACCCUGUUGUUAGAUUUAAAAAUAACAAAGCUAAGACAGAGUCCGUUAGAAGGACUCUUCAAUGAUAAGUCAUAUGUCCGAUAUGUCAGGGGUCAGUCAUUUUUGACAGUGUAUAGUUCCACCUAUUGUAUUUAUUGUCUCAAGUUGCGAACAUAAGUAGCUUUAUGGGAAUAGUUAAUUUUAUACACUUGAGAGUAGUAUGAAUUAUGUAGUCAUUAUGAUGUAUAUAUUGACAGUAAUGAUAUGCAAGUAGUUGGUGCAUGUGAUGCUUCAUUGUAAAAAUUUGGCUUGCAGUUACUUUGAAAAUUACAUUUCAUUCUAAGUUUUAUUUUGUUACGGUUACAUAUCUGCGUUCUUUUAUUUUUGUGAUAGGGUUUUGUGAUAGUUAUCAACAGGGCUUUCGCUGAGUUCAUUCUUUGGAAUUCUAAGAACUGACUUGCUCCUAGAAAAUUUCCUUACAGUUUUAUUAGCAACUUGUAGGGUCAAGCUUAGAAGGUACAGUGAGGUUCGUGCAUCUGUAAUUGCCAGCAUUGUCAUGCUUAGUUGCAAGGUUAUCAAGAAGCCUAAUGGCAUAUUGCCAUUUUCUAUGCCGGUCACAAUGUAUAGUCCCAUACUAUGAGGAUAAUUUCAGUAUUAGUUUAUGCUAACCUAUGGAUAACAAAUAAACAGAAACAUGUUUAUCUUAUAUCUUUUUCUAAUAUGUUUUGUUGUUAAGCAUGGCACUUUGUCGAUUGACUGAAUGAAGUGUUUUGAAACUUGUGGAACCUUUUAACCGAUCUUUAACGACAAUUGUUCCGCUUAAGAGAGCACCUCCCACACUGCCAUUAACAUUUUUAAUGUUUCUUGGGGUUUUAUUUUUCCACAUUUAUGUUUAAUACUAUAUAGUACUUGAAAAAAUUUCAGAAGUUAAUUUGUUAAGCUCCUGACUUGUUGAAGUUAUUGAUCCAGCACUGUCUUUGGUGUAUAUUUUUUGAGUGCAUUAAAGUAUUUUAUUAAUGCUGUGUCAUUUUCUUAUUAGAUCAUUUGUAAAUUAUUUGAAUUCGAUGUAAAUUUCAUUAUGAAAAUGCUUAAGUUUAGAUUUAUGAGUGAUUUUUUUUUUUUUUUGUCUGGAAAGUGAUUGAAUCUUGUUAGGUAUUGCAUGACAGAUAUUACCUGCAUUAAUAUUUUUUUCGGUUAUUAAUUUGUAGCAUGUCACAUGUGGAUUGCUUAGUCCAUGACAAAACUCAUUAGUAGUUAUUUUCCCAUUCCGAUGAAAGGACAGUUGUUUUUUUCUCUGUUCUUUAUUUUGUGGGGAUUAGAAUCACUUGCACAUGUUAUUUGAAUUUAUUGUAAUAUAUUAGCUUUAAUGUAAAUUAUUUGUCUUCAGAUUUUUAUAAUGUAAAGGGAUUUUCCUCUUGGAAAUUUAAACCGCAAAGCACAUAAAAUGCACUGUGAAGUUUUACACCUCAUGAGCUGCUGCUUGUACAUUACAUGUGCUUACUUAAUACAUAGUUAUAAUUUGUAAAAUAAAAGUUUAUUGUCAUUUUUUAUCUGAUGCCAGUGGAUGUAAUGUAAGAGGGGCAGCAAAGUGAUCGGUACUUUAAACUGCCUAAAAUUGUUUAUUGUAUAUUGUAUUUUGAGUAAAGUUAUAACAAAA